AACCAUCCAACCUUUCUCUCGCGCGUAUCGGAUUUCCUUGAGUAGUGCACACAUAUUACACUGUGGCUGGACUCGCGAGCUUAUGAUUUAUACCGAAUGGAAUAAGGUACAGACGAAGGAGAUGACUGAUCCAGUGCCCACUAGUGCUGUUGGGGUCUGGGUAGGUAACAUGUAUUGAGUGUGUUUUGAGUGGGGCCAGACAUCUCAGUGGAUCAAUUGGCCAAUAUAAAGCUACUUCCUUACUUAUUAGAGGAGGCUCAUUUGAUGUAUCUGUAAGAUGUUGGAACUAAUAUGUCUUUAUCAUUGAAUGAUCUACUCCUGACGUGGAAUACAUGAUGAGGUGAAGGUAUCCAAUGGAGUUUUAAACAGCAGUAUUAUAGCAGUGAAUGCCUCGUCAUGGCCAAGAGCUCUUCCCCAGAAUAUGUGCAGCGUACAACACAUCAAUGACUCUUACACUUGAAUUGGAAGAUGUACAUGUCAACAUAUCUUCAGUUUUCAUUCAGGCCAUUACAGCUGAGGAUGAUGGCGUAAAUCGCAGCAGCUCUGAACAAGUUGUAAAUGGUACUCUUCCGAUGAUAUUGAACUUCACCCUAUCUUCUUUGUCAGCAUACACAUAUUACAAUGUCAGAGCAGUUGCUACAUAUGUCUUAUCCAAAUGUAAUACAAAUCAGUAUGCUGGACAUCCUAAGAUGAUCUGGACUGAACCUGGUGUACCUGACUCUCCGGCAGAGUUGAAAAUUGAAAACAAUGGAAUAGCUUCUUGGGAUGCAGUUAAUCCAAGAACUGAUAAUCCUAGAAUCUCAUACAUUCUUGAAGUAAUUGGAGUUGAUGAUGAAGAAAUUGCUGUGACUAAAGAUGUGGGAAAUACACGCAAUGCAAAUCUGAACGACUUCAAUUUAGAAGUUGGUCAAAACUAUAACGUUUGUGUCCUUGCAAUGAAUAACAUUGGGAACGGCAAACCAAGCUGUGUUCUCUACACACAUAUGAUGAUGCCAACCCCAGAUUCUGGGCCAGGUGUCUUUUCCAGUGGUGAAUAUGCUGCAAUUGGGUCUGGAGUUGGUGUUGUGUGUAUACUGCUGCUACUUAUUGCUAGUCUCAUUGUUUACUUGGUGUGCAGAAGAAAGAACAGGUCAUUGACAAGGUCUGUUUUCACUCAUGGCCCUGACUUGGAACUAAAAAAUAUACAUGCGCAGUGUUCUCAUCAAACCACUACAGACAAUAAUGAAAGCCUGUGCAAACCCACUUCAGAGCCGCCUUCAGCUACAGUACAGGAACUUAAGGAAGAACUCAGCAAGAGAAACAUGCUUUUUCCUAGCAGCCAGCUGCAGCUCACCAAAGUUGUCUGUCAAGAUUCACCUUCAGCUACAGUACAGGAACUUAAGGAAGAACUCAGCAAGAGAAACAUGCUUUUUCCUAGCAGCCAGCUGCAGCUCACCAAAGUUGUCGGUCAAGGAGAGUUCGGCUUGGUGUAUCGUGGGUAUAUUAAAACAACCAACGAACUCGUUGCUGUCAAAACAGGAAAAGGUAUACAUUUUUUAAAUUGUAAUGGAAAGGGAGACAAGACAGGGAUGGGAUCUACAAACUAUGGGUUUAACAUAAUACCCCUGAGCCCAUCACAAGAUCCCUACAAGUAAAUAGUGUGGAAUAUAGGGAUGCCAUAAAUAGGAAGGAGACAAGACAGGGA